AUGAGGGUAACUGAUGAACCAAUAAAGAAACUUUACAAUUGCCAAAUUAACUUAUCAGUACCAGGGUCCUUUGAAAAUCAGUUAACCAUGUUCUGUGGAGAAAAUUUAGAAGAAAACCAUGAGGAGAUUCCAUUUAUCUUUCAUGUGAACAAAGAAGUGUCUUCUCACCUGAACCUGAAAUUGUUACAAACCAUAGCAAUACUAGAGGAAGGAUGGAGUGAGGAUUUACAGGUGAAGACUUCAUUGGUUGGGAAUGCAAUUAUUCCAGUCUCUGAACUCCCUCUUGGAAAGGAAGUGGAAUUGACUGUACCUCUAGGAAGGGUAAAUGUUGAAGUCUUUGUGUCAAAGAACCAUCCUAUUGAUAUGGAUGUGCGUAUUGGCUUUAAACUUUCUAAGGGAGAGGAAGAAUUUUUGGCAAGGAGAAGGACUAUUGUUUCUCAUGCUUUCAAGAAGGUAUUAAAGCUGAGGGUGCCACCCUGGAAAUAUGAGGUUCCUAUAGUGGCUGUUUUAGCUUCUGGAGGAGGGAUGAGAGCAAUGACCAGUUGUUAUGGCAGCCUGUCUGGGCUACAACAGCUGGGCCUCUUAGAUAUCCUCACAUAUUUUAGUGGCAUCUCAGGGUCUACAUGGUGUAUGUCUAUGCUCUACAAAGACGCUUACUGGUCGCAAAGAAAUCUCCAGAAUGCAGUUGGCAGUGCUCAGAAAAUUGUAACAAGUGGAAAAGUUGGGGCAUUUUCUGCUGAACAACUCGCAUAUUAUUUUCAGGAGUUAAUUGCUUUGGAGAAAACAGGAAGGAAAGCUACCCUUGUGGAUUUAUGGGGCCUUAUCAUAGAGUACAUUCUAAACAACAAGAAGGAUCCAACGAAGCUAUCUGACCAACAGAAAGCAGUCAUAAAGGGACAAAACCCAUAUCCUAUUUAUGCAGCUCAAAAUGUGAGGAUGAAUAUUAAAACCAGUAAAUUUGCAGAAUGGGUUGAAUAUACACCCUAUGAAUUUGGUAUUCAUAAAUAUGGGGCUUUUAUACGCAUGGAAGACUAUGGCAGUAAUUUUUUCAUGGGAUUAUUGCUUGAGAAACAUGAGGAGCCCAGAAUCUGUUUCCUCCAAGGAAUUUGGGCCAGUGCCUUUGCGGGCAAUAUAGAUGACAUGUGGGAAGAUGCAGAGAUUUCUCAGCUGAAAUUCACAGAAUCUGUGAAAGAUGCCAUCAGAAUUGUAGAUGAACUGUUGGGUUCUCAGUCUCUUGACCCUUCACUGAAACAAUGUCAAGGUAUCAUGCCAGGAGGAGUCUUUACACAUUUAUUUAGCAAUUUAGUUAAAUCACGAAUCACCACAGGGGAAAAUUUUAACUUUCUUCAUGGACUGCAUCUUCAUCGGAACUAUAUGAAUGAUCAAGAAUUUGUAGCAUGGAAAGGGACACAUCUGGAUGCUGUACCUAAUCAAUUGACACCUGAAGAAAGCAGUCUGCAUCUAGUGGAUGGGGGAUUUGCUAUCAAUUCCCCCUUUCCAUUGGUGCUUCAGCCAGAGAGAGAUGUGGAUGUGAUCUUCUCAUUCAAUUAUUCUUGGCAAGCUCCCUUUGAAGUCUUGCAUCAAGCACAGAGAUAUUGUGAAGAAAGAGGCAUCCCUUUCCCACACAUUGCUGUGACUGAUAGUGAUAAAAAGCAACCAAAGGAGUGUUACAUGUUUUUGAAUGCUACAGAUCCCAGGGCCCCCAUUAUCCUUCAUUUCCCCUUGGUGAACGAAACAUUUAAAAAAUACAAAGCGCCAGGAAUAAAACGUGAGACUGAAGAGGAAAAAUCUUUUGGUGACUUCCAAAUAUACACAGAAGAUAGUCCUUAUAGCUCCACAAACCUCACCUAUGAGCCAAUACAAUUUGAUAGAUUGCUGCAAUUAAACUGUUACAAUAUUAUCAACAACAAGGAUACCAUUAUAAAAGCUCUCACUAUGGCCAUGAUGCGAAAGAAAUUCAAGAAAAAGGACAUAUCUAGUUUCACGAAAACGGUUCCUGGCUCAAAAGAAUGCAGCAGGUGCUGGAUAACUGGGACUGGAUUUGUGCUGAUAUGCAAAUAUUUGUUUAUGGAACACUUGUAG